ACUAAAGAGGGCGUGUUCCAUUGAUACACCGCGGGAAAUGGGCACAUGUCAGGUGUUUACAUUUUGUGAUCGGCAGCAGAGAUCCCGAUGUCAACAGAUUUUUUCAGUGAAACUACUAUUUCCUAAACCUCGUCAUGAGUACAACAACAAAGUUCUUCACAUCGGGCAGUCCAUCGGCCUGGGACAAGGCCCUUGGUCUUUAUGGUGAAGUUAUCAAGCUCAAAGCAUCCAACAUUAAGAAGCCGGGUGGAAAGAAAGAUCUUCUAGACUUGGACAAAUGGUACCAGGAGGAUUUACCAAAGCUUAUUCAGGGGCGAAAGCCAAAAUACAUCACUCAUGAAGAAAUCACUAAACUCAUGAAGUGGAAGUUAACUAGAGGAAAAUUCCGACCCCGACUGAAUGAAAUGGUGCAGGAGAACAAACCAGACUUGGUUGAAUCCGCCAGCAAGAAGGCCUUCAAGAGCUUACCCAACCUUGAGAAAGCAAUCAAGGAAAUGACCGUUCUACGAGCAGUCGGGCCGGCCACAGCCUCAGCUAUCUUAGCAGCUGGUGCUCCAGAGCAUGCCCCCUUCAUGGCAGAUGAGAGUAUGCUACCGAUACCAGGCCUGGCACCACUCAAGUACACUCCAGUGCAAUAUGCACAGUAUUCUGCACAGGUGAAAGCUUGCAUUACGAGACUCCAGAAAGAAGAUUCAUUAGCAGAGUGGACACCACACAAGGUGGAAAUCGCACUUUGGACCCACUACAUGGCUUCUAAGCUACAACCAAGCCUCUUGGCUCAGCUUGACGAUGGGGAGAAGAGGAAGGCAUCGGAUGAUGAGGACCAGAAGGGUGCAAAGAGGUCAAAGAGGGGCGAUACCAAGUAGGAUUAGGGGGGGGGGGUGGUGACAACAAGAAGACCCAUAAGGGAUUAUAGCCACGUUGUAUUGGAUCAAUAUUUAACCCAGACCAUAUCCCUCCGUUAUCUCUGGCGUUUAAGAAAGUUUUGACACAUUUCUUGUUUACAGUUGAUUUGAAGAAAGAUUAAGAAUAAUAUUUCCUAUCAUAUUAUGUUUGUAUUAAAAAUUGUUGAAGGCUAUUUUUUUUAUAAACCAAUAUAAACAUUUUGUAUUGACUGUUGGGAGAGACAAAUAAAGCUACCAGACAAAACAGUUUUACACGACCAGUUCAUAUAUUUUAUUGGUAAUUUGUUAUUAUUUAUUUCUGGUUUGUUGCAAUGCUUACAAAGAACAAUGUGUAACUUAUUAAAAGAUCCCCGAGGGCAAAACUCCUGUUGUAAUUAAGCCCUACAACUACAAAGUAUCAUAGGAGAAAACUUCAUCUUCAAAGCAUUUAGUCUUAUUUCAAGAUGUUUCAAGCCAUACUACUAAGCUUUGCUAGAUGCCACAAGUGCUCUCAUAUACAGACGCCUUUAAACAAGACUAGUUUGUUUGAGAGAGCACUCAAUUUGUAAAAUAGUGGUGUGAUAGUUUUGCCAUUAUGCCAAUACAUCUGGGCCAAAAUUCAUGGCUCCUAUUUUUUCAGGAAGCAAAUUUGUGUGCUUGCAGGCUUUACGAAAUUGGGCCCUGAUGGUUGAAUUUGGAUUUACAUAUCACAACACUUGUGAUUAUCAACAA